AAUUCAAAGGUGCAGAGUUCAGACCUCAGUCCGUCUCUAAUCACCCGUUCAAGAUCCCUCCGCAAGCGUUCUCUCUCUCUAAAACAGAGUUCAAAAACAUAAACCUUGCUAUUUUACUAUUUCUCUCUCUAAAAUCGUUCCAAAACCCUAGGGUUUCCAUCGGAUCCGUCAAUGGCAGAGGAACCUGCAUCGCCGUCUUUGGCAGCACAAUCGCAGCAGCAAUCACAGGCUGCGCCCCUUGGCUCCUCAGUGAUCCCGAUAGUGAACAAGUUGCAGGACAUAUUCGCGCAGCUCGGGAGCCAGUCGACGAUUGAGCUGCCGCAGGUGGCGGUGGUCGGGAGCCAGAGCAGUGGGAAAUCCAGCGUGCUGGAAGCUCUUGUCGGGAGGGAUUUCUUGCCUCGGGGAAAUGAUAUUUGCACGCGACGGCCGCUGGUUUUGCAGCUGCUGCAGACUAAGAGGAAGGCAGAUGGCACCGAGGAGGAGUGGGGGGAGUUCCUGCAUCAUCCUGGAAAACGCUUCUAUGAUUUCUCCGAGAUCCGCAGAGAAAUUCAAUCUGAGACAGCUAAGGAAGCUGGGGACAACAAAGGUGUCUCAGACAGGCAGAUUCGCUUGAAGAUUUUUUCACCAAAUGUUCUUGAUAUCACACUUGUUGAUCUACCUGGUAUCACAAAGGUUCCUGUGGGUGAUCAACCCACUGAUAUUGAAGCACGAAUUAGAACUAUGAUCAUGUCAUACAUCAAGAAGCCAAGCUGUCUGAUUUUAGCUGUUACACCAGCAAAUUCAGAUUUAGCAAACUCAGAUGCACUUCAGAUUGCUGGAAAUGCUGAUCCUGAUGGUUAUAGAACCAUUGGAGUGAUUACAAAGUUGGAUAUUAUGGACAGAGGUACUGAUGCUCGUAAUCUGUUGCUUGGAAAAGUGAUUCCCCUUCGACUUGGUUAUGUUGGUGUUGUUAAUCGAAGUCAAGAGGAUAUUAUGCUAAAUCGGAGUAUCAAGGAUGCACUUGCAGCUGAGGAGAAGUUCUUCCGCAGUCGUCCAGUGUAUAAUGGCCUAGCUGAUCGUUGUGGCAUUCCUCAGUUGGCAAAGAAGUUGAACCAGGUUCUGGUGCAGCAUAUCAAAGCUAUACUGCCAGGGCUGAAGGCACGCAUAAGUUCUGCACUGGUUUCUGUUGCAAAGGAACACGCGAGCUAUGGGGAAAUCACAGAAUCAAAGGCUGGUCAGGGAGCCCUUCUCCUAAACAUUCUUUCAAAAUAUUCCGAGGCAUUUUCUUCAAUGGUAGAGGGCAAAAAUGAACAAAUGUCAACAUCUGAGCUGUCUGGUGGAGCACGUAUUCACUAUAUAUUUCAAUCUAUCUUUGUGAAGAGUUUGGAGGAGGUUGAUCCAUGUGAGGACUUGACUGAUGAUGACAUUCGAACUGCCAUUCAGAAUGCAACUGGUCCUAGAUCUGCACUAUUUGUACCAGAAGUGCCAUUUGAAGUUCUCGUUCGAAGGCAGAUAGCACGAUUAUUAGAUCCAAGCCUCCAGUGUGCUAGGUUCAUAUAUGAUGAACUAAUAAAGAUUAGCCAUCGCUGUCUAGUAAAUGAACUGCAAAGAUUUCCUGUUCUGAGAAAGCGUAUGGAUGAAGUUAUUGGAAACUUUUUGCGAGAUGGUCUUGAACCAUCAGAGACAAUGAUUGGCCACAUUGUUGAAAUGGAGAUGGAUUAUAUAAACACCUCACACCCCAAUUUUAUUGGUGGGAGUAAGGCUGUGGAAAUUGCUUUGCAACAGGUCAAGUCUUCUAGGGCUUUUCCUCUUCCAAUGAGACAAAGGGAUGGUGUAGAGACUGAUAAGGCACCAGCAUCAGAGAGGACCCUUAAGUCUCGGGCAAUUCUUGCAAGACAAGUAAAUGGAGUGGUGGCUGACCAGGGAGUUCGACCUACAGCAGAUUUUGAAAAGGUUGCACCCCUUGGGAAUGCAAGUUGGGGUAUUUCAUCAAUUUUUGGGGGGAGUGAUAAUUCCCGAAUGUCUGCAAAAGAAAGCUCAACAACAAAGUUACAUAGUGAACCUGUUCAUAACAUGGAUGCUUUGGAGCAAAGCUUUUCUAUGAUCCAUUUAAGAGAGCCUCCAACCAUCUUGAGACCUGCAGAAAGUCAUUCAGAGCAAGAGAAUAUUGAAAUUGCUGUCACUAAAUUGUUAUUGAGAUCAUACUAUGACAUUGUUCGGAAGAACAUUGAGGACUCUGUACCGAAAGCAAUUAUGCACUUUCUGGUAAACCAUACAAAGCGUGAACUGCACAACGUCUUCAUCAAAAAGCUUUACAGAGAAAAUCUGUUUGAAGAGAUGCUGCAGGAACCUGAGGAGAUAUCCAUGAGAAGAAAGCGGACUCGAGAAACACUUCGAGUUCUUCAACAGGCUUUUAGGACAUUGGAUGAAUUGCCAUUGGAAGCUGAAACAGUUGAAAGGGGGGGAUACAGUUUGGGCUCUGAUCCAACUGGCUUGCCAAAGAUUCAUGGACUGCCAACUUCAUCAAUGUAUUCUAUGAGUAGUGGUUCCAGUGACUACUCAGCUUCCCCUAAGAACCCCAAGUCCCGCAAGUCAUCGCACUCAGGGGAGCUACAGUCCCAUUUUUAUGCUAAUGCAGAUUCUAACGGAAGUGGACGACUUCACAUACCUGGUCUCAAUCCAACAAUAGAUUUCUAAGCCAUUUGAAUGAGCAUAUCGGCGUCCAGACAUACUAUAUUCAUUUGAUUCUGAAGCUACUCUUCUCAGAAUGUUGAAAUUUGGUUGGCCCAGGGAUGUGAUUGACAUGUGCGGACCAGAAGUUGUGCAUUACUCCAUGUCUUUUAGUUUUUGUGAUAUAGCAUAGGUUAUAAUUGCAUAUUUUUUUUACGAGGCUUCAGCAAGAAUAAUAGCGAGCCAAUAAUCCACCGUUUUUUUGGGCGAUUAGAAGCAGUAAGAGCUCUAAAAUAUACGUGUUUGAGGAAAUUAAGUUCUCUUUUUAGAUUUGUUUUACUGUACGGCGUUUUCCUAAUUCCUGUUGGGAUCAUUGGUUAUUGUGCUCCUCGUCAUCACCAUCAUUUAGUAUUAACCUUAAGAGAGUGGUGGUGUUAUCCUUUUUUUUCCACUAUCUGAUUCACGAUGUAAUUGAAGUAACAAUGUCCAUACACUGUUGGCUGUGAACAUUCUUCAGUUUUUUUCAGCACUCGGUAAAAUAAAAAGUGAGUUAUUCUGCAAA